AUGGACAAACAUUUCCUGCUGGUCUUCCCUCUCUUCUGCUUCACUGCAGCAGCGACACCACUGAGGUGUGUAACAUGUCACCUUCGCACGCAGACAGAUCGCUGCAGAAGAGGCUUUGGUGUCUGUGUUGCUCAAUUGCAUGAGACGUGCAUGAGCUUAAAGAUCUUCCAGGAUAACAUUCUCCAGUUAUCGUAUAUGGUGUGUCAGAGAUUCUGCAGAGAUUUGACAUUUGAUCUCAACAAUCGGACUUACGUUCACAAAUGCUGCAACUACAAUUAUUGUAACUUCAUACUCUAA